AUGGUGAUUAAAGCAAAGUACGAAGUUUUCCAGUGUCCUAAUCCUGAGUAUGGCGAAUUAUUCGUCUACUCAACCCGCGAGUUCUCAGGUACAUGUCACAUGUUAGAUGAGAGUUUCGUGGAUUCCAUGCGUAAAUUACCUGGUCUACAGCUUAUCCAAGUUCAGUAUAUAAUAACUCAUUUCCAUCGUCAAAACAUAACAGGUAGAAAGUGA